CUGCCGAAAGAUACUCCGACGAUUCACCGGCUGUUUGCGGACGGCCAACGGCAAUUUGCUGCCGGUGUCGAAGCAGAGAUUGAGGCCUAUGUCGAAAAAUCCCUGCUUGACGAUCUUUCCGACAUUAAGGCCAACUACAGGGACCAGGAUGGCAGUAACUUUUGGGUUGCAGAAGUAGACGGACAGGUUAGGGGUAUGUUCAGCCUGCAGAGACGCAGCGAAAGAGAAGGGGAACUGCGCCGACUGAGCGUGGACAUAGAGUACCGAAGACGAGGGAUAGCGCAGACGCUCCUGGAAACUGCCGAGGCUUACGCGAGGGAGCAAGGUUACACAAGCCUGCGCCUGUCCACCAUUACGCCUCUGAAACCGGCCAUCGCCCUGUAUGAAAAGUUCGGCUAUCGGGAGUAUGGGAAAGACCGCUACGGGGCAAUAACGGUCUUGCACUUUACUAAGAAUCUUGUUAGUGAGCGGGGGAGUUCAGGGGGCGGGCAAAGCUAA